UUAUUUUUGAAAAUAAACUGAUUUCAUUUAUCAAAAAUGAUAUUUACAUCUCAAGACAAAAUUAGAAAUGCUGGUUUAGAAAUUGUAGUGGUGGAUAUAUAUAUAUAACAUUUACCAUUUUGGGGUGAGGGGUGUUCAUUUGGUGUCCGAUACCCAUAUUGGAGCCCCGAUUAAUCUGGAUCGCGUAUUGCAGGGCCCAUUCUGGGAGUGACGCUUCCAAUGAAAUUUUCUCUAUACUCAGAGCUCGAACCUGAGACCUCCGAUUAAGGGUGGAGUAGUCUCACCACUAUACCACAAUGAUGUUGGUACAUUUACAUAUUUAAUAUCGAGUUAAAGAUAGAUUUCAAAUUUAAAUUUCUCAAUUCAAUUAUUAAGACUCUUAGCACAUCAUAUUCUUUAUUUUUAAAAGCAUAGAUUUGGAUUUAUUAUUUGUUACAAUUUUGGUUAAAUUUAUAAUUUUAUAUUUAAAAUAUUAGAUUCUGAUCAACUCGAUAUCAUAAUAAACAUAAUACGUUUCUUUAGAAAGAAAAACACGAGAAUAACGAUUUGGAAACAACCCAACAAACACCACUAAUUCGUAUUAUUUGCCGGUGGUUCAAUUUGUGUGAUGCAUUAUUGAAUACUGAAUUAAAAACUAUAUUAUAAAUAAUUUUUAGUUAUUUCUGUAAUUAUAAAUUAUUUUAUUAAACUUAGAAUUAAAUACUUUUUUGGGGACACACUAGCUAUAUACUCUCUCCAUCUUAAAUUAUCUAUCGUAUUUCUCUUUUAAAUGUCUCUUAGAAAACUAUUAAAUUAAGAAGGAUCUUAAUAAUCUUACUCUUAUUUAUGUCUUAAUAUACAAUCUCUAUUCAUUAAAAUUUACCUUAUUAAUAUAUGUAUGCCAACUCAUAAUUGAAGAGGCUUUUAGUCUUCAAGAACAAUUACUCUCUCCAUUUUAAUUUGAUUGUCUAAUUUUGACUUGAUAUGAAAUUUAUGAAAGUAAAAAAGAUUUUUGAAUCCUAUGUCUUAAACUAAAGAUAUAUUGUACGAGUAUAAUCUAUCAAAAUUUAAUCUCAUAGUUUUAAACAUGUCAUAUGAAAAAUUAGAAUUAAAAAAUUACCAAAAAAAAAAAAAGAAAGAUCGAGGCAUUCCUUUUUAAGCCAACUAAAAAUGAAGGUAAAACAAACAAAUUGAAAAUGAAGUAAGUUUUAAUUAAGGAUAAAAUAAAAAAGAAUAAUUAAUUAAUCCUGAAUUUCUAAAAUGACAAAUAACUUGAAAUAAUGAUUUCCAAAAAUCACGACAAAUAAUUUGAGACACUAAAUAUAUAAUAGACCUCGUACGUAAGAAACUGUUCAUUAUCUAUAUAUAGUACUAUUCAUUCUCUGUAUUUUUGUCAUCCUUUAUAAUAUAUACUACUAUUUUUGACACUCUUGUUGUCACAUUUGUAAAUUUAUAAGAAGAAUGGGAAUGAUAAUGGAGAUUAUGAGACAUCCAGAUGAAUUAUAUCCAUUAAUGAAGCUCAUUUUAUCAGCUAAACUCGUCGAGAUGAAGACUCCAGUGUGGCUGUCGCAGCCACAUUGGGCCUUCUGUUACGCUACUCUUCGCAAAGUGUCUCGUAGCUUUGCCCUUGUCAUUCAACAGCUACCUAGUGACCUCCGCGAUGUUGUUUGUGUUUACUAUUUGGUUCUUCGAGCGCUUGACACUGUUGAGGAUGAUACCAGCUUAGACACUGAAAUUAGAGUACCUAUAUUGAGAAAAAUUUAUUGCCAUUUCUAUGAUCCUGAAUGGCAUUUUUCAUGUGGUACAAUGGCCUUCAAGGUUCUUAUGGACCAAUUCCAUCAUGUUUCCACUGCUUUCCUGGAGCUAGAUAAAAAUUAUCAGGAGGUGAUUAAGGCUAUUACGAAGAGGAUGGGUGAAGGAAUGGCAAAGUUUCUAUGCAAGGAGGUAGAAACAAUCGAAGAUUAUAACGAAUAUUGUCACUAUGCUGCUGGACUUUGUGGAUUAGGCUUGUCAAAACUUUUUUACGCCUCUGGAAGAGAAGAUUUAGCACCAGAAUCCCUCUCUAUUUCCAUGGGUUUAUUUCUUCAGAAAAUAAGCAUCAUUCGAGAUUAUCUGGAGGACAUAAAUGAAGUUCCCAAGUGUCGUAUGUUUUGGCCCCGACAAAUUUGGAGCAAAUAUGCUACCAAACUUGAGGAAUUUAAGUAUGAGGAAAACUCGGUCAAGGCAGUACAAUGUCUAAACGAAAUGGUCACUGAUGCUUUAUUGCACGCAGAAGAUUGCCUGAUUUACAUGUCUAAUGUACGAGAUCCAGGUCUCUUUCGGUUCUGUGCAAUUCCCCAGAUCAUAAAUAUGGGGAAUUUGGCGAUGUACUACAACAACGUUGAAAUUUUCAAAGGCGUUGUUGAAAUGAGACGAGGCCUCUGUGCUAAGAUUAUUGAUCAGACGAGGACAAUGGCUGAUGUCUACAGAGCUUUCUUCGACUUCUGUUGCAUAAUGGAAUCAAAGGUUGAUCGUGAUGAUCCAAAUGCAUCGACUACUUUGAAGAGGCUUGAAUCAAUCUCGAAAACCUGUAUAAACUCUGGAACCUUGAAACAAAGGAAAUUUUACAUAUUCAACCAUCAGCCUGAAUUUAUUAUUCCAUUUUUGAUUACGUCCUUUCUCAUCAUGCUGGCUAUUCAUUUAUCAACAAAAAUACCUUAGAAACCUUAGGAUUUUUGGUCUCUAUUGCAAGGUAAAGUGGCGGAGCCAGGAUUUUCGUUAAGGGGUUCAGAAGUAAAUAUGAGAACUAAUCAAAAGGGGUUCAGCCUCUACUGUAUAUACAUAAAAAAUAAUUUUAACUAUAUAUAAAUAGUAAAAAAAUUUCGCCGAAGGGGGUUCGGAAAAACCCCCUCGACCAAGUGUAGCUCCGCCCCUCGGUAAGGCUGCAUAUGAAAGACCCUUGUGGUUCGGGAGCUUUAGUCAAUCGGAAUGCCCUUUUUUGUUUUUCUAAAUUUAAGAACAACCAUUCCUAGUUUCACUCGGGGGCGGAUGUAGAGAAUGCGUUAUGAGUUCAUGUGAACACGGUAGUUUUUGUUGAUAUCAUAUAUUCACUAAAUACAUAUAAAUAUUUGAUUAUGAACUCAAUUAUCAUUUUCUUUAAAACCAAUAAACUUCAAAUCUUGAAUCCGCCUCUAGUUUUUCUAAGUUUCAAGAUAUUAGGAUUAGCAUUCAAUGGUAACUUUUGAUUAAACACAGAGUUAACAACUCAAAUGGUCAUUGAAUUUACGACUUUUUUCUCAGAAAGUUACUCAACUUUAUUUCUUACUCCAAAAGUCAUUUUACUUAGGGUUGAUCUCUCAGAAAUUCUCUCAACUAUAAUUUUCACUUCAAAAGUCACUUAAGUAUGAAUAUUUUACUUAUA